CCUAAGACCAACAGUCUUUAUAGUAUCUCGUCGGUGAUAUCGAGAAUGUUGUAUAUUUGUACGGGAAACAUCAUUUGGGAACAUAUAGUGCCGAUCUCUUAUCGAGAGUAAUCUUGAUUGAUUCCAUCUGAUUCUCCUGUCCGAUCGACACGAGAUUACGUCAAGCAUGGACACGUUGCGUCGAAGCCGGCAAACAUUUAGGAUACUUGUAAAUAUUACUGUUUGUCGAUUUAACGCAGUUACAUAUUACAGAACAUAUUGUGCCUCGACGAAGACACGAGCGAAAGUACAACCGGUGGAGAACAAGUUUGACAACAAUAAUAAGCAAUCAACAGAAAUCAGAAGACCUGUAACCAUCGACGAAGCGACGAUUAGAAGGCUCGAGAAGCUUGCAUUAGUCGGCUUCGAAUAUAAACAGAGCAAACGAGUGCUGGAGGAAGCGGUCGCGUUCGCAGAGCGGCUGCGACGAGUACAUAUCGACGAAACUGUGCGUCCUAUGUACAGUACGCUGGAGAACGAGCAUAUUUACCUGCGAGACGACAUAGCGUUACCAUACGAUAUUAAUCGCCGAUGUGACAUUCUGAAAAACGCAGCGCUGCUGGAGGAAGAGUACUUUGUGGCGCCUUUAACAACAGUAAAAAGCAAGUCUAGUUCGAAAGAAUGAGUCUGGAGGCUUUGCUGAAGAUUAUAAAUCCAUGUUUUCUCACACUGUCGGAACGUGGUUUUAUAUAUGGACCUCAAGGUAGAUUAUUGCUAAGAAACCUUGAGGAGUAUUGGUUUAUGCACUGUGUCACAAUUCCACCCUACAAUGUAUUUCCAAG